AUGUAUGUGCAUAAAGAUUCAAGCAGAAGAGUAACAGAAAAAUUUCUCAACGGAGCAGAGAUGUUCAUGUACCACGCCGGACAUACGUCUCUCACACUAGAAACGGGUAAAAUGUUUUGUCCCUGCCGUAAAUGCAACAAUACCAAGUUUGCUGCUAGUGAAACGGUUUGGAAACAUAUAGUAAAUAGAGGAUUUACUCCACAUUACUAUAUCUGGUUUAACCACGAAGAAGCUGAUACUAGGAAUGAAGCUAGUAGUAGUAAUCAGGUUGAAAAUGUUCGUAACAGAGAGGAACCACAUUUACCUUCUGAAAGUUUUAACCCUCAAGAGGAACAUAUGGUAGAUCAUGAUAGGAUGCAUGAUAUGGUUACAGAUGCAUUUCGUGAAACAAGAUCAGUAAUAGAGGAUGUAGAAAAUGUAGAGGGGCCUAAUUUGGAUGCAAAAAGAUUUUAUGAGAUGCUAGCAGCAGCUAAUAACCCAAUUUAUGAAGGUUGUAGAGAAGUUUGUAUGGAUGCAUGGGCUGAGUUGUUUAAAGAGUAUUUUCCUGAAGAUAAUCAGUGUGCUGAAUCUUAUUAUGAGAUUCAGAAACUGGUUCACAGCCUUGGUUUACCUUCGGAGAUGAUUGAUGUGUGUAUAGACAACUGUAUGAUAUACUGGGGAGAAAAUGCAGAAUUGUUAGAGUGUAAAUUUUGCAAGAAGCCACGAUAUAAACCGCAAGGACGUGGGCGGAAUAGGGUGCCGUACCAGCGGAUGUGGUACUUACCUAUCAAGGAUAGACUGAAGAGAUUAUAUCAAUCUGAAAAGACGGCAGCAGCGAUGAGAUGGCAUGCAGAACAUACUCAGAAGGAAGGCGAGAUCAAUCAUCCCUCUGAUGCAAAAGCGUGGAAACACUUGAAUUCGGUGUACCCUGAUUUUGCAAGCAACCCCCGCAACGUUUAUCUUGGGCUCUGCACAGAUGGCUUUAGUCCAUUUGGAAUGUCUGGAAGACAAUAUUCGCUUUGGCCAGUUUUCUUAACGCCAUACAACCUUCCACUAGAGAUGUUUCUUUUGUGGACCAUUAGUGACUUUCCUGCAUACGGGAUGUUGUCAGGUUGGACGACGCAUGGAAGGCUAUCUUGUCCUUAUUGUAUGGGAAGCACAGACGCAUUUCAGCUGAAAAAUAGUAGGAAGACGUCCUGGUUUGAUUGUCAUCGGAGAUUUCUUCCCAUUAAUCAUCUGUACCGAAGGAACAAGAAAUUGUUUCAGUCAAAAAGGGUUGUACGAGACACCGCUCCGCCAUAUUUAUCUGGAGAGGAAAUCGAGAAGGAUAUUGAUUACUAUGGUGCACAAGACACAGUCAAGAAAGGGGGUAAUUGGCAUAUUACUGCAAAUAUAUAUGCUGGUUACGGGACACAGCAUAAUUGGCAGAAGAAGAGUAUAUUUUGGGAACUUCCAUAUUGGAAAAAUCUACUUCUACGCCACAAUCUUGAUGUGAUGCAUAUAGAGAAGAACUUUUUUGACAACAUCAUCAAUACAUUGUUGAACGUCCCCGGGAAGACAAAAGAUAACAAGAACUCAAGGUUGGAUUUGCUUGCAUUAUGUUAUAGGAUUGAGCUGCAUAUUAGAAACGAUGGGAAAAUUUCGGUUCUCAUUUUUAGAUUGUCAGCAGAAACAAAAGCAGCGUUGUUCAAGUGGGUGGCAUCAGAUGUGAAGUUUUCUGAUGGAUAUGUUUCAAAUCUAUCAAGAUGUGUUGAUCAGCAAGGACAUAAGUUUUCAGGGAUGAAGAGCCAUGACUGUCAUGUGUUUAUGCAACGACUUCUACCAUUUGCAUUUGCGGAGUUGCUUCCAAAAAAUGUUCACGAGGCACUUGCAGGCAUCGGAAAUUUUUUCAGAGAUCUUAGAGCACGCACCUUAAAUGUAGAUGUCAUCAGACAACUUGAUGAGAAUAUCCCGAUCUUGAUGUGCAACUUGGAGAAGAUUUUUCCUCUGUCAUUUUUCGACGUCAUGGAACAUCUAGUUGUCCACCUUCCACAAUCUGGAAUAUCUUGGUUAGCCGCUAUAAAAGUUACACCUUGGGGUCGAGUCUUGAUUGAUGAACAACCACCUUUACAAGAAGAUACCGUAAAUGAAGUAGAAGUACCAGAGCAAGCUACAAAUGAUAUCUUACUUGUUGAUCCAUACAACCAGGGAUAUGAAGAAAUUCCAGACGAUGCAACAGACGAAGCCCACGAAGAUGAAUUUGAAGAAAACGAUGAAGUGGAUGAUGUUUCUGAUGAUGAGUGA